GAACUUGUAACUUUGUUGGACCUCGACCUUUUGUGUCGCAAUCGCUCACAACUGACAUUUGAUUGACAAAAAAAUAAAAAUCACUUGAACUUCAACAUCUCAAUUUGGACUUUUCGUGUGUUAUUUCAAUUAACGAGACGAAAAACAGUGUUCGUUACAUCCUAAUUAACGCAUGAUAUUAACAUUUGUUGAAAAUGGCGACGCCGGCCGACGUUAGAGCUCUAUUCGAGGCGAGAUUGAAAGAAACUUCGCCACCCCCGGAAUUCCAUCCGUUGGACUUGGAGCGAGCGAAAGAUGAGAAAUACCUCAAAAGAGUGCUCGCUCACAGCGAAAAAGAUGCGAAAGCUGCCGCAGACAUGCUGUGGGACAUCUUAACUUGGCGGAAAUCUGUCGGCGCGAGUGAUAUUAACGAAACGAACAUCCGAUUGGAUUAUGUCAAAGAAGGGGUAUUCUUUCCGCGAGGACGAGACAUCGACGGCUGUCUGCUACUCGUGUUCAAGGCUAAAAUGCAUGUUAAAGGUCAGAGAGACUAUGACGAGCUGAAGAAGAUCAUGAUAUACUGGUUCGACCGAGUGGAGCGCGAGGAAGCAGGUAAGAGAAUCACAAUGUUUUUCGACAUGGACGGCAGUGGCCUCGGCAACAUGGACAUGGAGCUCGUGAAGUACCUGAUCACGCUGUUCAAGGCUUACUACCCAUACUUCCUCAACUAUAUAGUAAUCUACCAAAUGCCCUGGGUAUUGUCCGCUGCUUUCAAGGUUGUGAAGACGUUGCUACCUGCUAGAGCAGUCGAGAAGAUGAGGUUCGUCAACAAAGACUCCUUGAAGGAUGUGGUGCCUCCUGAACAAGCUCUGACAUGCUGGGGCGGUAAAGAUAACUACACGUUUGAAUUUGUUCCCGAAAAUAAGUCAGAACAUACACCGAAGAAGGUCACGUUUGCUGAGCAAGGAGACGGCCAGCAUUCUCCUGGUGAGAUGCUGCGGCUCGUGCCCAACGAUACUAUCACCUUCAAAACUGAAGGUGAUGAAAUAUCUGGUCAAUUCACCAUUACGAACAUGGAUGAAAGUCCUGUGUCCUUCAAGAUAAGGACUACGGCACCGGAGAAGUUCCGUGUACGACCCAGUUCAGGCACCUUAGCCACUGGGGCCUCACAAACCGUCAUGAUUGUCGUCCAACCAGGCAUUCAACUACGAACAGUAGCCAAAGAUCGAUUCCUAGUUAUGUCAAUUCAGAUACCUAAGACAGAUUUGACACCAAAAGAACUGACCGAAAUCUGGCAAGCGUCAACCGGUAGUAAGACUGAUGAAUACCGUCUGAAAUGCCUGUUCCCAGACAAAGAUGUGCCUAAAAACGGUACAGUCAUUGACGGCAAAGCUCCUGAGAAAUCCGAUUCAGUAUCAACUACAUUGAGUAAUUUGGAAAUGAACUACGCUACGCUUCACCGUGACAUGAAACAGUUGAAGCUGAUGCAGUUCCUGACUUUAACGAUGACGGUGCUCGUCGCUGUUCUGGGAUACCUUCUGUAUGAGAAUGUGAGUGAGGACGCGAAGUACUGUGAACGUUUGUAGCCGUUGGAGUUAGUGGUGAUCAACGCCACUUUCAAGGUCGACCAUUUGAUGGCGAUCUUUGUACUAAUGUUGAUAGUUAAUGUUAUUCUUUAUAUUUUGUAUAGUCAGCUCAUGUGUAAAAUAAGUCUAUUGUCUGUUCGGUAACUCUCUGGUAAAAACGGUGAGGUUAUAAAAUACGGUUCUUGCUCUGUUGAACUGAUUAAAAAUUACUGAUUUUGUUAAAUGAAUAUUUUCACAAGUUUUUGUGGAACACUACACAAAUAUGUUACUGUAAUGUUUAAAAUAAUAAUAUCAUGAUUUAGAUACGUGAGUUAAGUAUUUUCUAUAAAAACGUUUUAGUAAUGAAAUUUGGUUUCUUACAUUAUGGACUGUUUGGUUCAACACAGCAUAGACAUUUGAUUAUUUUUUUUCUAAAAUUAUGCUGUCCAUAUCUAAAUGAUUUUCAAAACUCAAUUAUUUGCAUUAGGUGCUUUAUAAAUUAUAUGGUAUUAUGGGACAGGGGUUUAAAAUUAAAACACUUUGAAAUUGGUGAAUACUCUAACUUUUGUAAAUGUGGUUUUAACUCAAUCCCUUAGAAAUUACAAUAUGCCACUGAAAUACUAAAUUGUGUUAACAUGAUAAUGUCCUCCUAGCCGACUAUCCGCUACGGCGGCUGUUCUCAUACAAGAAGAUCAGCCAGCUGCGCAGGACAUAUGCACAAGCGUUUGAUCUUACCAUGUUAAGAUUCUAUUAAAAUUCAGUUACAUUCAUUAUAGUUUAAACUGUAGAAAUUACAACAUGAAUACAGUUUCAAAUUUUUUUGGUUCAAAUUAUCAUUUAUAUGCAUUUUUUUUUUCAAAUAUUGCCAUUCCAAUUAACAAUUUAUAAAAAUGUAUUAAUUUUUUUAUAAAAAAAUGUGAAUAGAUUUUCCAACUAAUUCCGUGAUAUCCAAAUUUUUUCUUGUGUAAUUAGUUUAAAAAUAUAAUUAAUAUUCUUAAAGAAACAUUCCGAGAUUAGUGAAAUUUGUAAAGACGAAAAUAGAUAUUCAAUUGAUAAGAACAAUUGAGUCAGAUUGUAUAGGUACACCUGUUGUAGGUAGAUGAUUGCACAAUAUAGAUAAAAAUUAAGCAGGUCCGCGUUCAAAACGAACGAACAUUAAGUACCUAAUUACUAAUUAAUCUGCUUCAGUGUAUAACUUAAAACAAAUAUGAGUCAACUAAAUUAUUAUUUUCUUUUUUUUUCAAAAAAAUAAAAAUACUCGCUGUUUUCCGCAGUUUCUCUUGCUUGAUAGAAGUUUUGCAAAGGAGGAUAAGAACUACAUUAUUUUCUUAUAUUUUCUACCUCUAUGCUAAAUUGUUCAUGACAUUUGUUUAGGGUUCCGUACGCCAAGGGUUAAAUUAGUUACCCUGUUACUAAGACUUAGCUGUCCUUUCCUGAGUAGACAAUUGACAUUUUUACAGAUAAUUCUGUUGCCGCUAUAAAAUAAAUAGAGUACACCCACACAACAAAAAUUCUUUAUCGCCGUUAAUUAGAACCUUUUGUGCGCAUUCCAAUUCACACUUGGCUGGUAUUUUUUAUUUCUGUAUUAUGAAAAUGUCAUAGUAAGUUCGCCGCAGCCUAAUUUGGUCGUGGCUUCUAAAUGUCAGUUGAUGUCCCCAUCGGCUGUAGCUCCCACGUCACUUUGUACCCAAAUCAACUGGGCGUUGUCAUAGGUACACAUAAAUUGUGUAGCUGCUUCUUACGGUUUUAUGCGCAUCCGGAUAAAUAAACUAUGUAAUAACUCAAAAUCACUACUAAAACACUUUUAUAUAAAUGCACGAGACAACUAAAAUCUUUUAUGAAGUUUUAUGUUCAUAUCUUCCGGCUCCAUCAUCAGAUCAGUUCGACAAUACUAUAUUAUUGUAUUGUCAUCAGAACUACAUACAGCUGUCAAUUUUCAUGACGCUACGAUCCUUGAGACGGUUAAAUGAGCUGAAAAUCCAUUACAUAUUUUAUCCGGAUGCAGGAAGAUGCGAGAGAAACUGCGGGAAAUAGUAAAGUUUUAGAUUAACUAGGUGCCAAGCACUGUAAAUUCAGCUUAUAAGCAAAUAGUAUCAUUGUGUGCAAUUUUAGAAAUAAAAUUUAAAACUAUUUAUUUAAAAAAAAAUAUUGUGAGAAGUUGAAAACAUAUUUGUAUCUAAACUAAGUAAUAUAUUUUGGCGUUAUUCAAAAAUGUAAAUACCUAAAAAAAAAUAUCUUUUGGUUGUUAAAUUAAAAAUAAUUGUAUUAACACUUAGACUGUCUACAAUAAAAGCUUAUAGAGAGAUUUCCCAAAAUUGUGAGCGCACAUUUUUGAAAUGUACCUAAUUCUUGAGAAUUAUUUGUGUAAAAUACCUAUAUUAAAUUAGGGCUUUCAUAAUCGGUAAUAUAGCUGUUAAAUAACUUAUUUCAAACUAAUUAAAAUUGUUCCAGUUUAUUUUUAGACUCAUUUCGUUUGCAUUAUUUUAUCAUAGAUUUAUGAAUCAAAAUUAAUACUGAGGCUUUUUUUAACGACGUCAAAUAUCAUCACAUGACCCCUCCCGCUGUGGGUUAGCAGUGGUGAGGGAGUGUCAGACUCUUACUGACUAAAAAAACCGUCGUGUUUCGUCGUAGGCCUUUUAUGUACCAGGGCCGCGGUAACUCUUUCGGACAAUCCCGCAGCCCCGGUAGACCUUGGCCCUGCUGGGCCCCGCGGGGAUACUGAGGCUUGAAAUGGUAUUUUUUGCAGUCGGCUACGGAAAUGUUGCUAUGAUGUGACUGUGCAUGAAAAGGGUAAAAAUAUUAAUCUUUUAAUUUUGGGUGAAAGAGUUAACUAAUUUACAUUUUUUUUAUUCCGGCAAGGUGUAAAGCUUUUUAGUUUAUAAAGAAAUAUGUAUAAACGACUGGUAAAACAUAAGACAUUAUCUAUCUAAGGCCUAUCUUUAUGUAUGUGUCUAGCGACUUGUGAUAAAAUACUUUUUAUUCGAGAAAAUUCCACAUAAUUUCCAUAUUUUUUUUCUUAUUUUGGUAUUUUGCGUUAACCUUCCCACUAUUAGAGAUUUUUAAUUUAAAAAAAUCGUUAGCUUUGUGAAUUAGAAAAGUAAACAUUGAUUACCUUUAUAGGUAAAAUGAUUAUUUAUUUCAUCAGAAUAUUUCAAAAUGAUUUAUCAAUAUGUCGAGUCUUUUGGCCUACUUUUUAUCAAAGAUAAGCUGUUGAGUAUCUAUUAGUUUUUCACUUUAUCAUUAUUUAUUUACUUGCAUUGUUAAUCCUGUAUAACUACGAUAUAGGUAAGUACCAAAAUUUACAAACUGUGCAAGAUUUUUGGUUCCUCAAAGAUUUUUUUCCUACUAUUUAAAUUCUUCAUACAUGGAUGAAACAAAGAUAGCGGAGAUGCCAUAAGGAAAAUAGGUCAGGCGCCUUCUUGGUCAAGCAACGUAUGGUAGCCGUGAUCAGUUACUAGAACUAAAACCGGCCAAGUGCGAGUCGGACUCGUGCACGAAGGGUUCCGUAAAUUACAGUUAAAUCAACCUAUCUCAAAAACUAUAAGAGAUACUUUGAUCAAACCAAAAAUCGUUGAAAGAGUUAAUUAGCAUGCAUCACCUCUAUUUUUUUUAGAAUUUUAUACCCCGUAGUUAUAAAAAUAGAGGGGGGGGGACAUACUUUUUACGACUUUGAGAGCUGAUAUCUCAAAAACCGUUCACUUUAAGAAAAAUGUUUUUUAGAAAACUUUAUAUCAUUUUAAAAGACCUUUCCAUUGAUACCCCACACGGGUAUGUACAUCGAAAAAAAAAAUUUCAUCCCUCAGUUACAUGUAUGGGGGGCCCCACCCCCAAUUCUUUUUUUUACUAUUUAGUGUCAUAUUUUUGUAGCGGUUCAUACAACACAUAUUCCCAUCAAAUUUCAUCACUGUAGUACUUAUAGUUUCCGAGUAAAUCGGCUGUGACAGACGGACAGACGGACAGACGGACAGACGGACAGACGGACAUGACGAAACUAUAAGGGUUCCGUUUUUGCCAUUUUGGCUACGGAACCCUAACAAGGCGUCCUGGUUCCUUGUUAAAAUAAUAAAAACCAACCUGUCAACGAUUGGUCUUGAUUGAUUGGUCCCAUAGAAGGCGUUUAAGCGCGGAGCUAGUAACGUUCCUCGUCCCCUGAACACCCGUAUUUUGGUGCGAAACUUUCUUAGGAGAUUUGGCUUUAUGACAUCUCCGCUACAUUUUUUUCUCCAUGUUCGUACACUAACCAAACAUUAUUUUUCUAGUCUUUUUUAUAAAUAGUUUUUUCACAUCAUGUUUUUUAUUUAAUUAUCAAGAAGACAUGAAAAAAAACAUAUUUAUUUAACUCAGGGUCAUGAGAUUGUAAUUCCGGCUUUAGCAUUUAUAUUUGAUUCAUUUAAAUUAAAAUUCUUUAGAAUAAAUUAAAUAUAUAGAAAAAAACCUAAUAUAUUUGAAAAGCUUGUCAAGUACCUGUAAAAUUACUUUGUUACUGUAAAUUAGUAUUAGAUACUAGAAAAUCCAUGUCGAAGGGUGGAGAAUAUUAUCAGAUUUUGUCUCUUCUCAUACAGAGAAGGGAUGAGCGUUAAUCUAUUGAGGCCCUGGUUUCAUCAUGAUGUUUUCUUUCUUUACUCAGUCAAACUGAGAAAAUACCUGUGUAUAACUUACAAAAGUUACAUUGGUACUUGCCAGAACUGGAUAAGAUACAAAAUGGAAAGUUGUAUUUUGUGUUCAUAAAAAAUACGUCAAUACCACGAAGGAAAGAAAGGUAGCGGAGAUGCCAUAAGGAAGGUACCUAGGUCAGCUGCCUUCGGUUACUGGAACUAACGAGGCGUUCGGGUUCAAAAUCUAAACCAAUCUAAGAUUGGUUUUUUGGUUGAUUUUGAAAUAAUCCCAGUUCGGCAGAAAGCGUCUAAGGGUGAAGCUAGUAACGUUCCUCGUCCCCCUCGCCCCGCAUGUUGUCGCUACUUUCUUAGGAGAUUUUGCGUUAUGACAUCUCCACUAGUUUUUGUUCUCCAUGGUCUGUACCUUCUAUCCAAUCAAUGGUAAAUAGUAAUUUUACAUUUCAAAAUAGCUGUAAAUGUUCUCCGCCCUACAUAAAUAUAAUAUCAUGCACAAUUAUUAUUAUUAUACCUAGAUAUAACUAGUCGGUAAGGGUUGUAGAUAACUAUUUAUGUGUAUUUUUAUUUGGGGAUGCCUUAUUCACGUUGGGCCUGUAUGUUUCUCCUCCAAUAUUCUUUGGCUUUUUAAAAAUAUUUUUUUCGCUCUGUCUAGGUAUAUCCAAUUGCAAAAAGAAAUUCCUAGAAGUCGGUGUCUGCAAGUCUGUUUUGCCACCGACUUCUAGAGCCAUGUCAAAAGUUUUAUUUUGUCUCUUUCUGUGUUUUUUGAAGUCGGUUUAAUUUUUUUGUGACUAUGACAAAGUUAGCUAUUUAUUUUUUUAGAAUUCACAAAAGUUGAGAGAUUAUCCAUAAAUACAAUUUUUUCUAUUGUUACUGCACUUAAAGAUAUCUUUUUCUGUUUAGUUUAAACUUGAAUUAUGAUGACAGGUUCAGAAUGAAUGAGGCAUCGGUACUAAAGGUUUCAGGUUAUCGUUAUUAUUUAACUUUCAAGCGCUUUAUGUAACAAAGAUUUUUAACUGGUUGGUUAUUGUAAAGGAUGUUUAGUAAAUAAAGUGUAAUAAAAAUA